GACAGGCUCGUGGACGGACAAGGCCGGCAUCAGCAGAUCUUCCGCAGCCGGGCGAUUUUCCGCAGUAGGACUCCCAGUCCUCUAUGUAGGUGCCGCUCUCCCCCGCGAUCUGUAACCCGCCCAGAUCUGCGGGAUGCUCCAUAUGAAUCCUUCCUGGGAAUGCAUCUAAUGCGAAACAUCCAAUUGGCACAUGCUAACGGUAAUGGUAUGAAAGUUUCCUCACAAACAGUCAGCAAAUUACCUUCCUCGUGACCAUGAUUGGAUCCGCAGCUAGCCGGACGUUUCUUGGUUGGCUUGAUUUGGCAACUCGUUGGCGCAACGAUAAGCUCGAGGCCGCGUUAAACCGUGGCAGCAUUAAGGAAGGUUGAUAAUGACCGUUGACUACGGAUGCCAUGGAAUUCAGAUGGGCUUUAUUUGCUAGAAACAAAAGAAAAUACUGUUUCCUGGAUUCUUGAUAUUUUCGUGUGGCAUAUAGGCUAGAAUCGAAACAGGCAAACAGUAUGGCUGUUCUCAGUCUCCCUUUUCUGAUCCUCAGCGUUGCGGCCGUCCAAGUCAGUUGUGUUGUAGCCCUCGUCGUCUAUCGACUGUACUUCCAUCCUCUGGCCAAAUAUCCAGGCCCGUUGUUGGCCAAAAUCACAGAUGCGCACCAACUGUACCACUCCUGGAAAGGUGACCGACACCUGGAGUUCUGGCGCAUGCACGAACGAUACGGCAAAAUCGUCCGUUUCAGUCCCAAUAGCGUAUCCUUCAACUCCAACACAGCGCUCAAGGACAUCUACGGCUUCAAGUCCAAUGUCCGCAAAGCCGAGUUCUACGAUGCCUUUGUGCAUCCGGCCCCUAACACGCACAACACGCGGGACAAGACGGUUCACUCGCGGAAGCGCCGCGUUUUGUCCCAGGGCUUCUCGGAUAGUGCCAUGAAGGAGAUGGAGCGAUAUAUCCUCGCCAAUGUACGAUCGUUCUGUGAACAAAUCGGUAUGGACGCCAGUGCGGAGAAGAAGGGCUGGACGGCGCCGAAGAACAUGUCGGAUUGGUGUAACUAUCUCGCAAUGGACAUUCUGGGCGAUCUGUGUUUUGGCAAGGCGUUCCAUAUGCUGGAGAGGCCGGACAAUCGGUACGCGUUGGAGCUGGUAUCGCUUGCUACCACGAGACAUCUGAUUUGCGGGACCAUGCCCUUGGUUGGCAAGUUGCACCUCGACAAGGUGCUCUUCCAUAAGAUUGCAGCGGGUAGAGCCAAGUAUAUGGCCUACAGCAAGGCCCAGUUGACAGACCGAACAAAGUUGGGCGAUGACACUGAUCGUCGUGAUUUCUUCUACCAUCUGCUGAAGGCUCGCGAUCCAGAAACAGGACUUGGUUUCACAACUCCCGAGUUGUGGGGAGAAUCGAAUCUGCUAAUCAUUGCUGGAUCCGAUACCACAUCCACUGCCAUGGCCGCGACACUGUUCUAUGUUGUGCGAACUCCAUCAGCACUGGAGAAGGCGGCCGAAGAAGUCCGAAGUAAAUUUAGUGAUGUUGAAGAGAUUCAUCAAGGCCCCGUCUUGAACUCGUGCACCUACCUGCGAGCCUGCAUUGAUGAAGCCAUGCGCAUGUCGCCCUCGGUUGGGGGAAUCCUGCCUCGCGAGGUACUUUCAGGCGGUAUCACCAUUGACGGCGAGUUCAUCCCCGAGGGCAUCGUGGUGGGCACACCGCACUAUACAAUCCACCACAAUGCCGCGUACUAUCCGGACCCGUUCGCAUACAGUCCGGAACGCUGGGUGGCCGGGUCGCAAAAGAGCUUCGGUGGAUACGGCGAGACUGUCGUGAGGGAGGCCGACGUAGCGCUGGCUCAGAGUGCGUUCUGUCCGUUUUCUGUCGGCCCAAGAGGCUGUAUCGGGAAGGGCUUAGCGUACGUAGAGUUGAUGACGACGUUGGCGAGGGUGUUGUACACCUACGACCUCCGUAAAUCAGGUGGUGUUGACCCUGCCGAGGGCCACGAGGGCUUGGAGUGGGGGAGGCAGCGAGUCAACGAGUUCCAGUUGAUUGACCAGUUUACGAGCUUGAAGGAUGGUCCGUUGGUGGAAUUCAGGAAACGCCAUCGGGCCUAG